AUGGAGGAUAAGUAUUGCAUGGUCUCUCCGCAUAGUCCAGGAGGAGGAGGGCUCCUUCUAACCUGGAAAAAAGACAUCGACAUCAUCAUCCGCUCAACCUCUCAUAACUUCAUUGAUACUACAAUAACAAACAAAGGAAUCAGCUUCCAUGCUACUUUCGUGUAUGGAGAACCUGAUCACUCAAAGAGGAUAGCGGUUUGGAACACUCUAGCAGAUCUCCACCCGAAUGCAAAUGAAGCUUGGUUCCUCACGGGAGAUUUUAAUGAGAUUGUGGACAACAACGAAAAGAGUGGAGGACCAGAAAGAUCAGAAGGUUCUUUCUGCGCGUUCCGAUCCUUUCUCUCAAAGCUUGACCUAAAGGCCAUCUGCAAAUGGAGUAAGGAACAUCAGAUAAAUAGCAGGAAAGCUAUAGAGAACCUUAAGGACGAGCUUGAAACAGCAAUGAUCAACCCAAGUCCAGAUGAGGCCUACCUCCACGAGAUCAAUGCAAACCUUCUUCAAGCCUACAAGGCUGAAGAGGACUUUUGGCGACAGAGGAGUCGACAAGUAUGGCUCACUCUGGGAGAUUCUAACACUGGGUAUUUCCACGCGAUGUCUGAAGGAAGAAAAGCAAAGAAUCGCUUAUCAGUACUUGAAAAUGAUGAAGGAGAGCCAACGUUUGAAGAAGAUCAAAUAGCGGAACUUAUCUGUCAGUACUAUGAGCAGCUCUUCACAGCUAACCAAAGGAUGGAUAGUUCCCUAAUCUCCAGUGCCCUCGAACCACAAAUUUCAUCAAAAUGCAAUGAGAAUCUGAUGAAAGAUCCUACACCUUUGGAAAUCAAGGAAGCUCUCUUUGCGAUUCAUCCUGACAAGGCCCCGGGCCCUGACGGUUUUUCCGCCAUUUUCUUCCAAUCUCACUGGGAAGUGGUGGGUUCAUCAGUGGUUCUUGAAGUUCAGAGGUUCUUCUCAACAGGAGUCUUGCCCCCUACUUUGAACCACACUCACAUUAGGCUCAUUCCAAAAACCUCAAAUGCAAAGAAAGUCGCUGAUUACCGUCCAAUAGCUCUUUGUAACGUCCUCUACAAGAUCAUUUCCAAGCUUCUGUCACUUCGCCUGAAGACGGUUCUGGAUUCGAUCAUCUCCGAAAAUCAAUCAGCCUUCAUACCUGGAAGAGCAAUAACCGACAAUGUCUUAAUCACUCAUGAAAUGCUCCAUUAUCUCAAAACAUCUCAGGCUCAGAUCAACUGCUCAAUGGCCGUAAAGAUGGAUAUGUCAAAGGCAUAUGAUAGAGUUGAGUGGGUUUUUGUAUCAGAGGUCCUACAAAGGUUGGGUUUUCACGACAAAUGGAUUAAUCUAAUCAUGCAAUGCAUCCAGUCAGUCUCCUACUCUUUCCUAAUUAAUGACACAGUCUACGGAUUAGUGAAACCUUACCGAGGAAUAAGACAGGGAGAUCCACUCUCCCCCUAUAUCUUUAUUUUGUGUGGCGAGGUCCUCUCUGGUCUCUGCAGAAAAGCCGGGAGAGAAGGGUCUUUAAAAGGUAUCCGAGUAGCAAGGGGUAGUCCUCGUAUCAACCACCUGCUUUUUGCAGAUGAUACAAUGAUGUUCUGCCAUUCGACUCCAGAAAACUGCCACGCACUGUCAAAACUCCUGCAGGAUUAUGAAGCUCUGUCAGGCCAGAAAGUCAAUACAGCAAAGUCAGCUAUUACUUUCUCUAGCAAGACACCACAAGAAGUAAAGACAGCUGCAAAAAGUAUCCUAGGAAUCACAAGAGAGGGAGGAAUGGGCAAGUAUCUAGGAUUGCCAGAAAAUUUUGGCAGGAAGAAAAAAGAUCUCUUUACCUCCAUCGUCGACAGAAUAAGACAGUGUGCAUCUAACUGGUCAUCCCGCUUCCUCUCCAAAGCAGGGAAGCUGACGAUGCUACAAUCUGUUCUCACAGCCAUCCCCUCCUACACGAUGUCUUGUUUCGAAAUCCCCCUCAGCCUCUGUAAAAGGAUACAAUCAGCGUUAACACGUUUUUGGUGGGACUCGUCUAGUGAAAAAAGAAGCAUGUGUUGGGUCUCAUGGGACAACUUGGCAACACCUAAAGCUAUGGGAGGACUAGGCCUACGUGAUAUCCAAAUCUUUAAUCAAGCUCUUCUUGCAAAAUUGGCUUGGAGGAUCUUAUCUGUGCCAGACUGUCUCCUAGCUAGAGUGCUGAAAGGAAAAUACUGCCACCAAGGGAGCUUUCUUACGGUUGAACUACCCUCGGCUUGCUCACAUGGAUGGAGAGGGAUAGUUCAUGGGCGAAAUCUCCUACGUGACAAUAUUGGAAAGGCAAUAGGAAAUGGUCAGAACACAAGUGUGUGGAAAGAGUCUUGGAUCUCUCUUGACUCAAACCUAAAACCGUUUGGACCUAUCAAUGAGCACAACCUAGACCUCAGGGUCUCGGACUUGCUCACAAGCGAUCUACAAUGGAAUAAACAGAGGAUAGGAGAGGUCCUACCUGAGUUGAGCGAGCAGAUCCAAGCACUGAAACCAAGCAAAACAGGCGCUGAAGACAUAUAUAUCUGGCAACCGUUACCGUCAGGAAUAUACUCCACAAAAUCGGGGUAUAAUCUAGCAGCAAAUACUCCUCGACACGCCCAUCCUAUUGCAGAUAUGGGAGAGUUUAACUGGAUAAAGGAAGUUUGGUCAGCAAAGUGUUCACCAAAGCUAAGAGUCUUUAUGUGGUCUAUCAUCAAAGGAGCAAUCCCACUUGGGGAAAAUCUUCAGAGACGUGGCUUACUUACCAAUGUAAAUUGCACAAGAUGUGGAGAAGUUGAAACGCCAAUGCAUAUCUUCUUCAACUGCGCGUUUGCACAAGAAGUGUGGCAAAGAGUCCCCCUCACAACACGGCCCUCCAUUGAAGCAAAUGAUAAUUUCCAGAGUAUGCUGGUGAAGUUUCGACAGGUCUCUUGUCUCCCCCCAUCAGGUAUAUCAUCCCCCGUCCUCCCCUGGAUCUGCUGGUCUUUGUGGACGGCGAGAAAUAAACUGAUCUUCGAGGAUAAGACUCUCAACCCUAAGGAAGCCAUGCUUAGAGGAUUAGUCUCUGCACGUGAAUGGAUUCAAGCACAAGGCACGAUAACACAAAAAAGCAGAGCUCUACCUCAAGGAACCCGACUCCGCGGCGAAGCUGGCACUGACAAUAGCUCAACUUGUAACUCAGAUGCAUCUUGGAACGUUACCACGAGGAGAGCAGGAUUGGCAUGGAUCAUUGCAACGCCGACAUCAACACAAACCCACGACGGAUCGCUAUGCACGGAAAAUGUCAAAUCUCCUCUUAUGGCCGAAGCUCUUGCACUCCGAUCGGGUCUCCUCGCCGUCGCAUCUCUCGAUAUCACCAGCAUCAGGGUCUACUCAGACUGUCAAACGCUCAUCAGAGCAAUCCAAAACAAACUCCAGAUUAAAGAAAUCUUCGGUAUCGUCUCAGAUAUCAUGCAGAUCUCCUCGGCGUUUGAAUCUAUCUCUUUCUCCUUUGUUCCACGAUCAGAAAACCAAAAGGCUGACUGUUUAGCCAAACGGGCUCUGAUCUCUUCUGUUUCUGCACUUGUUUGA